AUGUCCCUCCUGCCCCCAGCACCACCCGUCCUUGUACUAGGCGGUGGCACCAGUGAGCCCUGGCAGGUCACAGGCUCCAGCAGCCCCAUUGUGAUCCUUCAGGAUGUGCCCAAACCGCCUAAAUCACAGCCCUCUGUCAGAUACAAACCAAAGACCACCAGAAUCAUCACCAGGGACCUGAUCCGGGACCUCGUCAUUCCCCAGGAGAAGCCCCAACCAUGUCUCAUCAUUGGAGAAAAGGAAUAUGAGAAACUUAAGGAAUCAGCUCGAGCCCCGACUGAGGUGGAGCAUUGGGACAGGCUGAAGACGCUGAGAGCCAGACAGGACGCUGCUUUCGAAGCCCUGAAAAAGGCCCAGAUCGAGGAGCAGAGAAAGGCAGAACUGGAGGGCAAGAGGGACCACUGGAGAGACAUGGAGGAGGAGCUGCAGCAGGAGGAGCAGAAGCUGCUGCAGCGGGCGACGAGGAUGAGGCUAGAGCAGGAGGAAGACGUGCGGGAACUGAACGCGCUGUUCCUCAAUGCCAAGUGCAACAUGAUCUGGGACAAGCAAGUCCUAGAGAAGCAGAUGAUCCUCAAGGAACUGGUGGAGGAGGAGAAACGCCUGGAUAAGAUGAUGGAAAUGGAGCGGGAGAAGGGCAUGGAGGUCCAGGAGGAGCUGGAGCGCCAGAGGAAGCAGGAGCUGAUGAGAGCCCGGCAGGGCAUUGUGAAACAGAUGGAGCAGAAUGCAGAGGAGAGGGCAUUGAGGGCUGAGGAGCUGUACCAGGAGGGCCAGAGGCAGCUGGAGCGACUGGAGCAGAUGAAGAGGGAGGAUCGGAAGGCCUGGGAGCAGAAACAGGAGCGACUAAAGCAAAUCCAUGCUGAUAUUAAACAUUUCAAUGUGGAAAGCCAGAGGCUGAAAGAUCAACAGCGGGAGCAAGAGAGGUUGGAGGAUGAGCGGGUGCUGGAGCAGCAGUGGCAGAAGGCUGAGCGCGAGGCUGCCUUGGAGGCAGAGCAGCAGCAACUGCGCCUGGAGAAGGAGAAGGAGCUGGCCCGGCUCAGGGCCACACAGGAGCGGGCCCAGGACUGGCAGGCAGAGCAGGAUGCUCUGAGGGCCAAGAGGAACCAAGAGGUCGCAGACCGAGAAUGGCGGCGGCAGGAGCUGGAGAAGGCACGGAAGAAGGCCGAGCUGGAGCAGCAGCUGAAGCAGGACCGGCUGGAGCAGGUGGCCCAGAAGGAGCAGUACCUGGCCAUGCAGGUGCAGCAAGACCGCCAGGAAUUCCAGAGGGUGCUCAGGGCCCAUCAGGAGCAGCUGGAGAGGGAGAAGCUGGAGCAGGAGCAGAGGGAGCUCCGGCAGCGUGCCCAUGCCGAAGAUCUCCGGCGGCAGAUCCAGGAGCUGCAGCAGCAGCGGCAGCGGGAGCGGGCGGCUGUCAUUGAGGAAGGCCGGCGGCUGCAACAAGAAGUCUGGCAGCGCAGCCAGCGCCUCACCCAGUUCAGACAGCAGAAGCUGCAGGAGUUCAGAGCCACUGGAAUGCCUGAAAAGUACUGUGCCCAGGUGGAGCACAAAGCCCAGAGCCAAGCCAGCAGAGCCCCCUCCUAG